AUGCAACUGUGGACACGAGAUCGAGAAGAGUACGCUGUGUCUUAUGUCUCGACAGCCGUCAUGACACAGACCAUUGCUGGAGCAAGGGCAAGGCAUGCAUGUAUUGCGGCAGUAAAUCUCUAUGGCACUCGACAAGCUCCGGAUUUGGUCCCUGCAGGUGAAACACUGACGGAACAUAGCUUAUUUUUGAGACGAUGGAAAGAAUCAUCUAUUAAUGUGCAGCAACGGAAAACUGUUCCUACAUUGAGUAUGGAAGCAUUUCGAACGGAAAAUCUGUUUGCAUUCAUGGUUAAGAAGAAUAUGGUUUCUCUCUUGCAUUUGAUUCGCUAA